AUGGCACCCAUAUCCGCCCGCGAUGAGUACGCCGAACUCAUGAAACACAACGGCGAUGGCCACUACCUCUACACCCCACAAAAAUACAGCCUCCUCCACCCUGGCUCGGUGGGAUAUUUCGACAAAUUCGGAAUAUGGACCCAAAUCACCGAUCUAUCUGUGAAAGGCCAACCGGAGAAAGAUGGCUUCAAGGGCAUCGACGACGAUCUCGUCCUCGGCGAGCCCGACGAGGCGAUGUGGAAAACUGUCUCUUCUGGCAGCGAAGCAGAGACGAGCUUCGGACUUGAAGGAGGUCUUUCAGGAGCAUUGUCCGCAGCCCCUGUUGACGUGUCGGCCAAAGCGAAGAAUAAGUCUGGGUCUACCGGCAAAGCGGCUCUUAUUACGACGGGAAUGGUCAAGAAUCAGAGGUUCACUGAUGCUCCCGGUCCCUCUAUCGCGCAGUGGGUGAAGGAUAACGCGAAGACUUUAGUUAAGUCGAAGUAUGGGGAUUAUAUUAAGGAUUAUGGACUCUGGGCGAUUCAUACCACCUGGUCGACUCCUGAGUGUGCUAUUACCCUGGAUAGUGCCCACAGUCGGGAUACCAGUGCCGGUGUCGACGUGGGAGGAACUGGUCUUGGAAAGAUUGGUGCUAGUGGCUCAUCGCUGAAGAAGCUCGAAUCUAAGGGCUGGCGGACAUAUGAAGCCAAAGAGGUAACUAAUACAUUCCCUUUCCCUCUCGGCUAUCGGGGUUUGAAUGCUGACUCAAUGCAGGCCGAUCAGGGUCUUGUUGUGUCGUAUGGUGGAGCGGGCUUCAGACUUCACAAGAUCCAGAUGUUCCGGGGCAACAAUGUUCUGAAGCAGACCGAGAGAACGACCGGAAACCCCGACGAUUUCUACAAGCUGGCUUACGACGAGGCCGGAAACCAGAUUGAACCUGAGCUCUACCGCCAUGUGCGUGAUGAGAAUGGGGAGAUCGUUGGUGAGGUCAAGGUCGACGUUGAGGCCGAAAGAAAAGCAAGAGAGGAAGCCGCGAAGGGAGCAGAGGCAAACGCAGAAGAAGAUGAUGAUGAUGAUGAAGUCUUCAUCUCGUCUGAGCCUGUUGGAAUCUCCGCGGAACAAGCUGGAGUUCCUACAAAAUUGGAGACCACCACGAUCGACACCAAGCCCGUCACUGAUGGCGUGAGUGACUUUGACAAGAAGAUGGACGAGGCUCGCAAGAUUCCCGAUAAGGCAUUGAGAGAGGCUGAGAUGGUCAAGUUGUUUAAAGCGAAUGUGACUACCACUGAAACCAUUGUUCAAUGA